AUGGGCGACAACAAAAUGCGUAAACGACCAAGUUCCACGGGCCUUGACAACCGUGCGAGUGCCUCAGCUGCGCCUGUUUUUUUACAAAAAACCUAUGACAUGAUUGAAAGCUCACCUACGGCUGUUGCGUGCUGGAGCGAGUCAGGCACCUCGUUUAUUAUUAAGCUCCCGCGAGAGUUUGCUAAAACGAUGCUGCCUCGCUACUUUAAGCACAAUAACUUUAGUAGUUUUGUGCGUCAACUGAACUUUUAUGGCUUUCGUAAACACAAGAAAGAUGAGAUUGUGAUCUCUACUGAAGAAGACGAAAGCAAGAAUUGGUGGGAAUUUUACCAUGAAAAGUUUUUACGAGGCCGUCAGGAACUUAUGGCGCAAAUUCGUCGUAAGACGUACUCCGAGCCGGCCUCUCCUGACCAUGAGGAAGUUGAGACACUAAAGCAGUCGGUUCAAAGUCUUCAAGGCCAAGUGUCCGAUCUAAUGGGUCAGCUUUCGGACCUCACAGGUCUUGUCAAGAGUCUUUUGCAGGACAAGCAGGCACCAGUGCCUCUACCUCUUCAACGCACCCCUAAGCGCAUGAAGAUGGACAAUGCGCCAGUUUCUGUUUCCAGAAUGACGGUGCCUUCUGCUAAUGUAAUGCAAGAACCUUACGUGACUCAGAUGGAUCAAAUGCCUGUGCUGAACACGCAACCUCGACAUUCACAAUCUAAUUUGAUGAUGGACGCUGUGUCAAAGAUGCAGAACCAAAGGACACGAGAAAUGUCGCUUAUGGAAUGGACAGAGUCAUACGGGAUAGACUAUCUGCUCAACGACGCGGGACGAUCGUUGCCGCUAUUUCCUGAAGACAUGAUCAAUUACGAGUGA